AUGAGGGUGGAUGGCAUAGGGUUGGGAGUGGGUGUAUAUGGGGGGGGGGAGGGGAUUAAGAUCUAUCGGAUCAUUGCGGAAGACACCACAUUAGGUGAGGAAAGAGUGGAGCAUCGAGUGCAAGGUAUAACGGUUGAGGACUCUUCGAUCAUUGCUCUCAAGACUUGA